AAAAUCAGACAAAUCAUUCCAAUUAAAUGCAAUGUCAAGAACAAAUUUGAAAAGAAAGAGAAAAAGAAAAAUAAUUAACUGUUUAAACAGUAAUCACAAAAGAGAAACCUUGCAUUCCUUGUGUUUGUGAGGGAGACGGUCCUGCUUCCCCAAAUCACUUUCCUCAAUCUUCCAGAUUUGUACAAAGUGUCUCUGUCGUUUUGGUCAAUAAAGAAACAAGACCACGAGGAGAAGGAAUAACACAGAGGAAGGUUGAUGAUGGUGGCGGCGGCGGCAGUGAGACGAGGAGCUUCAGAAGCCUUUUUCAUUGGGUCCCAAGUUCAGCGAUGCCUAAUGAAAAUAACGGGUAUGAUUCUUCCAUCACUUUUGUCUAGCAAACACUCCAACUCCAUUUCUUCUUCUAGCAGGAGCAGUAGCAGUAGCAGUAGUAGUAGCAGUAGAUACAAACACAAAAAUGAUGCUUCUUCUUCUUCGUUUAGAAACAUUGAUGAUGCCCUUGCUUCUUUCAAUCACAUGAUUUAUAGGAAACCCCUGCCAUGUAUUAUCCAAUUCACCAAAUUAUUGUCUGCAAUUGUCAAAAUGGGACAGUAUUACGAUGUUGUGAUUUCUCUUUCCAAACAAAUGGGUUUAGCUGGGCUCUCUUCUAAUACUUAUACCCUUCAUAUCUUGAUGAAUUGCUUCUGCCAGUUGCAACGUGUUGAUCUUGGGUUCUCUGUCUUGGCCAAAGUCAUUAAACUUGGUCUUCAACCCACUAUUGUCACAUUUAACACCUUAAUCAAUGGGCUCUGUAAAGUGGGUGAAUUUGCCCAAGCCGUGGAAUUAUUUGAUGACAUGGUGGCAAGAGGUUGUCAACCUAAUGUCUACACUUAUACUACGAUUAUCAAUGGCUUAUGUAAGACUGGGGAAGCUGCUGAGGCUGCUGGAUUGUUUAAGAAAAUGGAAGAGGCGGGCUGCCAGCCGGACGUGGUGACAUACAGCACACUCAUUGACAGUCUUUGCAAAGAUAGGCUGGUGAAUGAGGCUUUAGAUAUCUUCUCUUACAUGAAGGCUAAAGGCAUUUCCCCAGAUAUUUUCACUUACACCUCUUUGAUCCAGGGCUUAUGCAAUUUCAGCCGAUGGAAGGAGGCUUCGGCAUUGCUAAAUGAAAUGACGAGUUUGAAUAUCAUGCCAGAUAUUGUCACCUUCAACGUGCUAGUUGAUACUUUUUGUAAAGAAGGCAAGGUUUCAGAGGCUCUAGGUGCGUUAAAAACAAUGACUGAAAUGGGUGUGGAGCCUAACGUUGUUACUUACAAUUCGUUGAUGUAUGGAUAUUCCUCGUGUACACAAGUUGUUGAAGCUAGAAAGCUUUUUGAUGUCAUGAUAACCAAGGGUUUUAAACCUGUUGUUUUUAGCUAUAACAUCUUAAUUAACGGAUAUUGCAAGGCCAAAAAGAUAGAUGAAGCCAAGCAGCUUUUUAAUGAAAUGAUUCAUCAAGGCUUAACUCCGAACAAAGUUACUUACAACACUCUUAUUCAUGGCUUGUGCCAAUUAGGCAGACUUAGGGAAGCACAAGAUCUUUUUAGGAAUAUGCGCACUGAUGGAAACCUCCCAAAUUUACGUACUUACUCAAUAUUGCUUGAUGGCUUUUGCAAACAAGGGUAUCUUGGUAAGGCAUUCAGACUGUUUCGAGCAAUGCAAAGUACUCACUUGAAGCCUAAUCUGGUGAUGUAUACCAUCCUGGUUCAUGCCAUGUGCAAAUCUGGGAAUCUUAAAGAUGCAAGGAAACUGUUUUCAGAACUCUUUGUCCAAGGGUUGCAGCCUAAUGUUCAGAUAUACACUACUAUAAUAUUUGGACUUUGUAAAGAAGGAUUGUUAGAUGAAGCAUUGGAAGCUUUCCGAAAUAUGGAAGAGGAUGGCUGCCCUCCAGAUGAAAUUUGUUAUCAUGUUAUUAUUCGAGGAUUUCUCCAGCACAAGGAUGAAUCAAGGGCAGUGCAACUUAUUGGAGAAAUGAGAGACAGAGGUUUUGUUGCAGAUGCAAGGACCAGGUUAAGUGAAGUUGGUUAAGGUGAAAAGGUGAUGUAAAUUUCUCCAUGCCGCAAAUUCAUGUGGCAAAUGUUAUGUAAUUUUUCCUCAACUUGUAAGUUAAUUUUUAGUUCAAUCUUGUCAACAUCUGAACAAUGACACUAGUACAAAAACUAUACAUAAAAAAGAAACACAAAACUGAAUAUAUUUUGCCCGAGAGAUCUGCUAAUAAAACUUCUUGGUCUCUGAUACACACGUACUGUUUGUUUAUUUAUUUUUUUGUCAUGCUAUUCAUGUCCCCUAUCUCUCUAAAAUUCAGGUCCAUUUUCUUACAAGUUAUUGCGAUAAAUCAUAUAUAAAAGUACCUGAAUUUUUGGAUGUCUAGCCUGCAGGUUUACUCUCUAUGUUAUUCUUCAUUGUUCCAAUCCAAAAACAUAUGAAAAUGAAAUUUUUCAUGAAUACAAUAAUUCAAAUGUGAAUGAUAAUGCUCAAGAUCUUAUCAGAGAAAGAUUAACUUCAAUAUAAAAGUUCGUACGAGGAUAUUAGAGAAUAAUCAAUAUAAAGUAUAAAUAAAAGAAGCAAAUGAAUAUCUGAGCUGUGUUUUUUUUUUCUUUCACUGUUAGUUUUCUGUUGGGCUUUUAAUGGAAGUCAACCAUACUGAACACCCCACUUUGCCUUUUAGAUCUUGUUGCAGCAUUCCCUCUUCCUCAGAUUAUAUUUGAUUUUUCCAUGAAGUUCUGAGAUCAUUAAAGCCACUGGAGUAGUCACAAAGACUGCCUGGGUGGGGGCUGCGUAUAAUCGCCUUCUAUACAUGCUGGCUAGUCAUGUGUUGGGGGCAUCAUUGUAUUUGCUGUCGAUCCAGCGUCAAGGCAACAUGCUGGAAAUCUUCUUGCAAACAUGAAUUGAGCCCUAUACCAUGCAACCCCUGUUUCUUGGAUUGCGAUACUUUGGAAUUUCCUGAUCGCAAGUCCUGGGAAAACACUACUGUUUUGCCUGCCAGAUGUAAUCCAGAUGACACUUCCAUUUUCAAUUAUGGCAUAUUCGCAAAUGCAUUGCAGCAGAAAGUACUUUCCUUUGAGUUUCUUGAAAAGUACUUGUAUUGUUUAUGGUGGGGCUUGCAGAACUUGAGGUUCCUUUUUUCUCGCAGAUGGAUGAUCAGCUACUUGAUGCAAUACGUAAGCGCUUAGUGUCCUGUUUGAGUACUAAAGGAAACUAUAUAGUUCGAGAAGGUGAUCCGGUUAUGGAGAUGCUUUUUAUUAUCAGGGUAAAGCAAGAGAGCUCAACUCCAAACGGAGGGCGAACAGGUUUCUUCAUGUCAAUUACUUUGAGACCUGGUGACUUUUGCGGUGAGGAGCUGCUUGCCUGAGCAUUGCUUCGAAAAUCUACUCUCAACUUACCUUCUUCCACAAGGACAGUGAGAGCUUUAGAAGAAGUGGAAGCACUGCAUUGCGAGCAGAAGACCUCAAGUUCGUCGCCAAUCAGUUUAGACCUCAAGAUUUGCUGCAAACACAAGGAGAGGGGCGCCAAGGAUGUUGAAAUGCUCGAGUUGCAAAACCUGAAGAGCCAGACUUCUGUACAGAACUAGAUGAUGACUAGUUUGACCCCGGUUCUCAUCCAACAGCCAACUACCAAUGUGGAAAAGCUUUAAUGGAAGCCAAAUGAUCCAAUCCUGAAAGGAUAUUAAUUAAAAUCCCCCACGCCAUUGCUGGUGCUUUAAGCACCCAGGGAUGAUUCCAUUAAUUUUUAGGUAGCUGGAAGCAAGUGGAUGUUAAAGGGGCAAGCUGCUUGUGAUUUCUCUAAUAUCCAUUAGUUUAUAGGUAUACAUGUAGCAAGUCUUGAUUAAAGUUGAGUUUUGUUACAGUCAAUCGGGUGAGAUUAACACAUUAUUGCCUUGGAUUUUCUUCUUGAAAUGGCACUGAGCUCCAUGAUAAUUAACAGAAGCUCUAAACCACGUAGCAUCUGUGUACACACAUUGAAUUUACUAUUCAUUGCUAUACUUCAAUGACUAUUAUGCCCUUCCAAUAAAAAAUUAGAGGCCUAUAAGUUGGGUGUUA